AUGGUAAAGUUUUCAAAGCUUGGAUAUCUUGUCGCAGCCGCGGCAACAGUCUUCCCAUCAGUCUUCGCUGCCCCUCUUACAUCUCCCAAGGAGUUAGCCACUCUUCACAGGCGUGAGAACGACCCCGCUCUAGUCGAGAGGUAUGACACCAUCCUGAGCAAUGUCGAACUCAAUGAAUACGCCAAAACCCUCUACGAGAACUUUCGUAGCAAAGAUUCUAAGAGAAUCUUCUUACGCAAGCCAUAUCUCGACCUCGCAGAUGCUAUCGAAUUAGUCAGCCUUAGACUUGGCACAAACUCUGCGGAGAUAUAUCUCUAUGCCGAUCUUUUACAAUUCGAGGGGAAUAAAGCUAUUGAGAUGCCGCAGCGUACGACGCUUUAUCUCUUUGCCCGUGAGGUUUCUGCUAUUGCAUCGAAGCCUGGGCCUUUGGUCAUUAAGUAUACGCAAUCGGUUGUAGUAUUCUUUGCGACUCCAGGUUUGGAUGAGAAUUUCUCAGUAAAGUUUGUUGAUGCAAAAGGAGGGACACAUGAGAUGAAGAUCUCUAUUCCGAAGAAUUCGUAUGGUGUUGUUGUUGAAGUUGUGGCGGGGGCUGCAGCUCCUGUUGCAGAACCUGUUAGUGCUCCUGGAUUCGCUUUGAAUUCCAUGGAUUAUAUGGGAGAUCUGUCUCUCACGGCUGAGACCUUUAUCGAAGAUGACCUCCCUCGUCUACUCCAGUUCCAACAGGUUCUCGCCACGGCGUGGAGAGCAACAAACCCUGCUCUUGCUAUCAAGAUUUAUGACUUCAUAGUUAAGACUGCACAGGGCUCCACCGCCGCUCUCCCAAUUUACAAACAGGCCGUUACAAGUCUUUCUAAACUGAAGAUGAUCAGUGACCCACUUCAACAAUAUGUUCCAAAUCUUGAUAUCAGCCAAAUUAAAGAAGUUCUCGAUGAUCAUCUCGCUGUUGCCCAAACAUUCGAAGACAGCUUUAACAAAUUUGCUAAGCAGCAAAUGAGUGCAGAGAAUGCUAUUAGCACAGCCAUGGAUGCAUUUACGAACUCCAAGAUUGCGGUUGAGAAAUAUAAGUUUUUGGAGGCGCAGGCAAAGACAAGAUUGGAGUUUGCAGUUCAGGCCAUGAAUGAUGCUAUCUAUAACUAUAAGAUGACAUACAACCAGCUACCGCUUCGGCUUAAGACGUAUCAAUCUGGAAUCGCGGAAUAUGCAACUGCUCAGACUGGAAAACUCAUCCUUAAUAUCAUGAUGGCUGUUGGAACCAUUGUUCUUACAAUUGGUGCCGGCGCAAUCGGCGCUGCUGCUCUCCCUGCAAGUGCAGUUGGUGGAUCCUUACCCUUUAAAGAUAUUUCUACCGCAUUGAAAGUUAUAAAAAGUGCGGAAACGACAACAGACACUGUCAGGGGUGCUGUUGAAUCUAUAAGAUACAUGGUUGACAAUAUCGGAAGAACUUUGACUACCAUGGCAUACACCAUGACGACUUUGAAUACGUUAUUAGGAACUACCGUUCCCUCUUUGAAGCCAGAUGGCUUCGAGGUCAAGACCUAUGACAUCCCUGAUCCCCUUGAUCGAGUGGACAUGAUAAAUUUGAGUGCUUCUUGGGAUAACUGGCGUGUGCUCAACGAACUUGCUUGGUCCAAAAUGCCAGAAGCUCAAAAACGAAUCGACGGAGCCUCAGACUACUAUGCCGCUCUUUACUCUCUCUCUAACAAUGGAAAAGCCGUUGUAGCGGCGCAAGCAGCAUAUAUCCAAGUCUUUGACGAUUAUAUGGAAGCUUCCGUCAAUCUACAAACCGCACAGUCCCAAAACAAAGUUCUUCAGGGAGCCGUUAGCCGUCUGGAAGAUCCCCUUGUUUACCAUACCUUCAAGCGGGCCAUGUUUGACCGUCUGAUCGCCGUCAGAAGCUGGGUUGCUGUCGAGUUUCACGAUUACGUCUCCGCAUACCAAUAUUAUACAUUAUCUUCCAGCCCACCAGCCGUUGUUCCAGUCAUGUCACCAGCAUCCUACUACAGCUCCGCUGUCGCAGACCUUCAAUCUGACGCCACAAACGCCCAAUCUAGCUUCCGGAGCCAGUUCCAAACCUUCUCACUCAGUUCAAAUGAUAUCAACAGCGUCUUUGGAAACAACUGGAGAAACGACCUGAAAUCCCUCUCCGGUCUAACAUUUUCCAUCCCUACGAACAGUACCUACUUCUCCUCCGCAAGCCGCGUUCGAGUCCAACGUCUUCGAUGCUAUCUAAUCGGUGCUAAAGCCGAAGAAGUGCGAACUACUAUCACUAUUAGUGGCUCAUUCGAAGACAAAGGACUCUCAUACCCAUAUAACCCAUUGAAAUUCGUAUCGGAUUCUACUCCUCUCAGGUUUUAUUAUGUCCCGUCGAGGAAAGAUCCCAAUGACUCCAACCCAAAUCUGGUCAGGCAGGAUGGGUCUUAUGCAAGACAGGAUGUGUUCAUGACCCCCACCCCGUUUGCCGUUUGGAAUAUCAAACUAGAUAACGCGGAGAAGGUUUUAGAAAAGGUUACUAAAAUGGUUUUGCUGAUUACUGCGGAAGUUUCACAUCAUUAG